AACUCAGUGUUGUUGUGCUGGGAUCUGUAUUGCAAAAAUUGACUUGCAGUUCAGAUCGCACGUUGCCUUAAUCUGCAUGCUGAAAGGGCUGGUAGGAUAUAAUCAGUAUUUCUCUGUAUGGUUUUAUAGUAGUUUUGCCAGUUGGAAUACUUCUCACAGGGCAACAGACAUCAAUCAGUGGAAUGAAUGCCCUUUUAACGUUAUUAAUUCAUGCAAUGUUCUGAUGAUUCAAAUGAAGUUUUUUCUCAGCACAACGGAUCUAUUUUAAGAAAAAAAAUGAAGCAUUUUGUAUUUAAAAUAAAUAGAACAGAGCAUGCAAAUAGUUUGAAGUACUGGGGUUUUGUUUACAUGUAUUUUGCAUAAUCUGCAGUUCCUAAAAUGUGGUCAACAAUGGCAACAAUAACAAAGCCUUUCCAACACAGCUGACAGUAAAUUCCACGUAUCAAACUCCCAUAUAGCAAUCUAAUUAUGAUACUGAGAAGCUGCUGGUACCAUUUUCUUUAUUCCAUAAAGAAAAUUGUUUCUCAGCUACAGAAGGACAGAAAUUAUUAUGGAAAAAUGUGAAAAAAGGUGGAGGAAUGGCUGUGUGCACUAUGCAAUCUCAUCCAAGGGAAGCUUUCUGUUUGAAUGAGUGGUUUGAAUUUUGAUAUUUCGUCUGUGAUGCUUUCAGUGUAUGAAUAUAAGGCAAGGGAUUUUUAGUCUCUGCUGGUAAAUUUACAGUGGAAAUAAGGCUUUUUUCAGCAGAUACGCAAACAGUUCUGUCCUUUUGUAAAGUUCUAUUUUAUUGAUUUGGCUUUCAGUUAAACUUAAGGUAUUUGAAUUCAGUAUUUCUUCGCUUAGAUCUUUCCCUAAAUCGCAGUGAUUUUUCUCAAAACACAGCAGUGGUGGCGCAGUGUUUCCUGCAGAGGUGUGGCAGAAGUCUUGCAGUAGAUGGGGAUCUGAACUUCCUUCUUUCUGUCUCUUCUGAAGUUGGCGACUUCGUAUGCAGCAGUUCACCUGCAAACCCAGCCUGCGUUGCAUGUUUACCCACCUGAUUGUGCUGCAUAUGCUCCUCCCUGUGGGCUGAGCCAGCUUUGCACCAUAUAAUGGCAGUGUCAAGAUCAGUUGAGCACAGAGGCUGUAGGCGAUUCUGAACACACUGCUUGCCAGGGACAAGGCUGUGCAGUGUGCAAAUAGCUGUGGAGGUUGGGGCACCCUCAGGUCGUCAGAGGAAAGGACUAUUUGGAAACCGAGUUAUAAAUUACUGUUUUUACUACUUUAAAGGUUUUGUUUGUUUGUUUUAUGGCUUCUAAAAACAGCCGUAUCCUUUUUGGUUAUUUUUUUUCCUUUUCUACAGCCGCUGGUAAUAUUAAACUCUUCACUGGAGGGAAAUGUAGCAGAAAAUCUUUUUAUGUAAGGGCGUCAGUUAAUCAGGGUCUCUUUAAGUCACAGUGUUGAGCUCUGCUGUCUGAAGGCUGUGAGUUUUCUGAAGUGGAUUUUCUAAAUGUGAAGCUUCAACUUUUUCUUGUGACUGUUGGAAAGAUUUAGCUGGAUGGGAUUUUUUAUUUUUUUUUUUGAGGCAGAAGUUUCUUAAGAAUCAGUAAAAACCUCAGCACAGCCUGUUUUUGUGGAGCUGUUGCCUUUGCCUGACUUCUGGAAACGAACAUGAAGGUCUUAAAGCAUGUUAUGAACAAUUUUUCAGUUAGAGCUACAUGGAAUUGGCACAUUCAGGAUCCAGCAAGCCAGCGGUUGACAUGGAACAAACCUCCCAAGAGUGUCCUUGUUAUUAAAAAAAUACGUGAUGCCAGUCUGCUGCAGCCUUUUAAGGAGCUCUGUGUGUAUCUUACUGAGGAAAACAACAUGAUAGUGUAUGUAGAAAAAAAAGUAUUGGAAGACCCUGCUAUUGCAAAUGAUGAUAAUUUUGGACCAGUGAAGAAGAAAUUUUGUACCUUUCGAGAAGAUUAUGAUGAUAUCUCCAAUCAAAUAGACUUUAUCAUAUGCCUGGGAGGAGAUGGGACCUUGCUUUAUGCUUCUUCGCUCUUCCAGGGUAGUGUACCUCCAGUUAUGGCUUUUCAUCUGGGAUCCCUUGGAUUUCUUACUCCAUUUAAUUUUGAGAAUUUUCAGUCCCAAGUCACUCAGGUUAUAGAAGGCAAUGCAGCUCUUGUUCUGCGAAGCAGGCUGAAAGUGAAAGUGGUAAAAGAGCACAGAGAGAAGCUGACGGUACAGAAUGGCAUAGAAGAAAAUGGAGUAGUGCCUACAAAUAUAGAGAAAGAAGUGGGCAAGCAAAUUAUGCAAUAUCAGGUCCUAAAUGAAGUUGUGGUGGAUCGUGGUCCUUCUUCUUACCUUUCCAAUGUAGAUGUCUUUCUAGAUGGACACCUGAUAACAACAGUGCAAGGAGAUGGAGUCAUUGUCUCCACACCGACUGGUAGCACUGCGUACGCAGCUGCUGCAGGAGCUUCUAUGAUUCACCCAAAUGUUCCUGCAAUAAUGAUCACCCCAAUCUGCCCUCACUCAUUGUCCUUCAGACCUAUUGUUGUUCCUGCUGGAGUGGAACUCAAGAUUAUGCUCUCCCCGGAUGCCAGGAAUACAGCAUGGGUUUCAUUUGAUGGAAGGAAGAGACAGGAAAUAUGCCAUGGAGACAGUAUUAGCAUCACUACCUCUUGCUAUCCCCUUCCUUCGAUCUGUUUCCGAGAUCCUGUGAGCGACUGGUUUGAGAGCUUGGCUGAGUGUUUACACUGGAAUGUUCGGAAGAAGCAAAAUAACUUUGCUGUUGAAGAAGAAGAAUUUUGAGUGUCUACAUCUAAUGACUCUGGGAAUGGAAAGUGGCAGUAUCCCUUCUACAUGCUUGAUUUGUUUUGUUUUAGAAGUUUUUGCUAACAGGUGUGGUUGCCAUCUCAGACACAUACGCAGCGCUAUACUUUAUAUCAGUCUGAUCUGCUGAUGGUUGGAAAUUGUUUUGCUACUUCCUAUCCAGCAGGAAUAGAAUGGAAGAAGUGAGGUUAUGAUUGCUGUAAUCCAGUUUGAAUUUUCUUUAAAUGAGCAGUUGGAAAAUGGGUUAUUUCUGAUUGGUAUGGACUGCAUCUUGGAUGUGAUUGUAACAUAUAACUUACCACUAACAUGGUAGGCUGUAUGUAGAUAUGUAAUAGAAAAAUGGCAGUAGGAAAGAGGCAUUAAAAUAGUCUGUUUACUUUGGUAUGUAUGUAAUUCCAUUUGUUAAGAAUUCUAUGCACAUGAAGGCUCUACAGAAAUUGGCUUUAAAAAAGAAGUGCUUUACUCUUUUAUCUGGCUUAAAUACAACUUGCCCAGAACACCUCUCCAUCAAAACAGUGCUUAACAUACUUUCUUCUUUCUUGCAAGUGUGACAAAAACUGUGAAUAAGGAACUCCUAUCAUGAAUGUUUUUAUUAAUAGACAAAUCUAGGGGGAAAAAAAGGUUUAUAUAAGAUAGAUAUCUAUCUUGUGUCCAAGAAGAAUGUUUUUUGAGUAGAUAGAACUAGGGGAAAGAACUCCACACAUUUAUAUAUGUAAAUAACACAUGUGCAAACACAUGCAUAUGCACAGUGCCCAUUUGUCUGAACAGUGUUUGACCCUUUGCUGUCAGCACUGUGUAAAUAUCACCAACAAACAGCAUGGACAAGCAUUUAGCUUGGGCUGAGUUGAUUAUUUCAGUCAUCUUCACUUUUCUUGCUGAGCUUGUUUGUAGCUCUGCAGUUCCUGUUGGGGGGAAACAUUAGCGUGCUUAUUUUUGUUUGAUGCUCUGGAACAAAUGGUAACGUUAGGGACUGUAUAAUAAUAGUGAUAAAAAAUAAUAGUGAAAAAAGCUCCAGAUAUUUGAGAGGAAUCUGGAAUACUCUAUUGCCUAGUGCUGCUGUUGUCUUGAAGACAACAGUGUCCUGUACUAGGCCUGAAUGCCCUCAAAUUCCACAGGUAUUUUCCAGUUCUGGGUGCUCAGUAAUACAGUCAGGGAUACUGCAUUGGUAGGCUGAUAAAUGGGAGGACACAUUCCCAGCAGAGUAACAAUGGUGCCUUCAGCACACUCAAGAUAUUCUAAGUCUCGUAUGUACUUUUUUAAGAUGCUUUCAAAUGUUUCUAACUUCUCUAUGUACAUAUUUUAUUGUAUGUGCUUUUAUGAAAAAGAACAACAGCAACCUAGUUUGGGAAAAAAAAAAAAGAAGGGUUUGUACUGUAAUUUAACUGAAAAACUCAAACCCACGUAUAAUGUUUACAUUUAUGUUCUCUGUGGUGCAGUCUCAUGGUCACACAUCUGAACUUCAGCAUUUUUGCGUCGUUGCUGCAUUGGCCGUUGAAGGAAUGGACGUGAUCAGUUGAAUUUAAGCCUGUGUCAUUGUACUGUGGGAGAGGUAAUUUCUUACUGAACGAGGUGGGAUUUCCUUGAAAGUGGAGCGAGAAGCAAUGAUAACUUUUCAUGGUUGUUUUAUGUCGUACACGUGGUCCAAAGUGGUAGUGGGAAAUGUAUUGAUUCCCAAACUCUGCCUAACGUGCUGUGCUCUGAUGGUUCAAAUAUUGUCUCUUAUGUUUUGGAUGCUGCCCUAGUCUGUCUAAUUUUAUUAAUCGAGAUGAGAGCACUUUUCCAUAAAAGAGGAGCAACCUUUAGUUAAUGAGAGAAAUCACAAUGAAAUGAUGUUAAUAUAAAUUGUUUGUAAAUUUUGUAGGAUAGAAUAUUGGUUUACUUUGGUCUAAACAGAAGAAUUUUGUGAUAACUUGGAGAAUGUCAAGAUUAGCUUUUGACAUUUAUCUUUCACUUGAAUCUGCAGUAAUUGUUUUAUCACUGUUUUGAUGCUGCUUACGGGUUUUCUAGGUGGGGUAUUCAGUUAUUAAAUAGCUGUUUACUUUUUGAGCUGUGGAAUCAUCCAACUUUUUGCUUUGAAACUAUUCUUUUAUUUAAUCAUGCAAUAACUGAGAGGAGGCACAGGGUAUAGUGGCUAUAGAAGUCUAUUGUUUAAUGACAAAUGAGCAGAAUACCAGGCACACGAGGAAGGUGGAAAUCAUUUGGUAAAGGUGAGGUAAAAUUAAUGAGCCUUAUCUAUCUUAUUUUUUUGUGAAGAUGAAACUAUAUUCAGCACUUUUUAUUUAUGCUUUUAUAAUAGUAAAGCUUUCAUUGAUUAAACUGCAGAACUUUAAUUUGCAGAGUGCACGUUCAUGAGCUGCAGACAAAACGUAGCUAACUACUUUCUCUAAAUUAGAUCUGCUGGAGUUGUCCUUAAAUUUAUCACAUACUGCAAUGGAAUUGCUGGCUUUGAGGCUUCUGCAGUUUUGCUUAUACAACUUUUCCUGCUUGGUAACGAUGUUACUUGGAUCCCUGCUCAGCCUAGUAGAGCUACAGUCACUGACCACAGGAAAGUAAGUCAUGAGAUGGCUUCAGUCUUUUGCUUUUUCUUCAGGAAAACACCUUUGAUUAUAAUUAUGCUAGCUUCAUAUAAAAACACAAAAGAAAUUGUGUUAAUAUGUUACAAAUUAUCUAACUGUACAAAGUCCCUUUUCAAGGCCCUUAAUCUGCAAACCAGCAAUUUGCAAGCAGGCUAGUAAAGUUUGAUCAGCACUCAAGGAUUUUGCAUUAUUUAAGUGCUUCAAGUGUGGGUGUUGUGUUCUAACUACAUCUGAAUGUGAUAAAAGCUCUGAUGCAGACUUGGUAAUAUUGGCAAUAAGAGUAGCUUACUGCACUGGUUUAAACUGUGAUAGUAGAACAGAGUUUUGCUGAUUAUGAAUGGUAUUUCUAAUAGAGGGGUUGGAAAUAUCACUGUACCUAUCAACCCUUUCCAGACUACAGAGGGCCAAAAUGGAAGCUUGGAAAUUGAUGUGUUUAUAAAACAAGAACAACAAAGUCACUCUCUAUUAAACUUUAAGAAGCUAUGAAAAACCAAUGUAGUACGGUGUAAAGCAGAGUGUACUUAAUUUUUAAGAGGAAAAAUUCUGUUACAUAUUGUUAAUGCUUUGAAACUUGUUUUAAAUAUUGCUGAAAACAAAUAUUUUUCAAUCCUUUCAAUAAAAUCUUUUUGUAAAGUUGAA